AUGAUCAAAUUACUUCAUCAUCAUCAUCAUUAUCAGCACCAACAACUACAUCAGCAACAGGAACAACAACAACAUGAUGCAAUCAUGACGGCGGCCGAAGCGCAAUUGACCAGUGAGAGCGAUCUCAGAUUUGCCCUUAGAUUGGAAUUUAUAGCUUAUGUCAAUAUUUUGACUCAGUUGCAACCAUCAGAUGAAAAGAUUCAUGUGCUGCUAACUAACGAGCGACAGUUUCAUCGUGGAUUAACGAGUAAUUCGAUCUCCAUUUCUUUGAUUAAGGCUGAGCGAAAUUCGCAACCAGGUUACAAGAAUUAG